AUGAACCAAGAGGUGAGCUCGCAGAACGUCCACGCAUUUUCAGCCCAAACACUUUUUCAGAACCGUGCUGAUCGUCGCGACGCUCUGCUCCGUCAAAUGGGGCUGAGCGUGAACGUGGUCGAUCAAAUUUUGACGCUUCUUGAAGGGGUAUGAUUUGUAGCGAACCGAUCAGCGCCAAACUUGAAAGCUGGCACCUCUAGGGUCCAGAGAUCAUAUCUAACGAGUUUUUUCGUGGAUCGGAGCACAAAUGACCGACGCGGCAAUUGGUUUUUUACAGAUGCAAGGCGAGGUGAACGCACUCCGCCAGAUGAUUGGCGACAACGAAGUGUUGCAACGUCUCGAGCGCCAAAACGCACUUCUCAUCGCUGCUUUCACUUUUUUGAGAAAUGCCUAA